AUGCGCGCGAUUGUGUUUGUUGCGCAAGGCACGGAAGAGAUGGAAUUUACCAUCGCGUACGACGUGCUCGUACGCGGUGGGAUCCAAGUACAGUCUGUGUACGUCCCUGCCGAUGGCGCACCUGCGUCGCCGCCCGAGGGGUUCGUGCGCGCAGCGCGUGGCGUUGCCAUCGUGCCCGAUACGACGCUCGAGCAGUGCGCUGCGGCCAACCAUGCGUACGAUCUGCUCGUUGUGCCGGGCGGCGUGGGUGGAGCGGAUAUCAUUUCGCACAAUCCCAUAGUGCUCAGCAUGCUUCGUGACGCGUACGCGGCCGGAACGUGGAUCGGGAUGAUUUGCGCAGGCUCGCUUGCUGCUUUGGAGGCGCAGAUCGGUGAGCACGGCGGCAUUACGUCGCACCCAUCCGUCGCGGACAAGCUCGAGAAGGCGUACGAGUAUAGAGAAGAGCCGGUCGUCGUGGCUAAGAACCUCGUCACCAGCCGUGGCCCGGGCACUUCGUUUGCGUUUGCCCUGACGCUGGUCGAGAAAUUGGCCGGGCGCGAGGUGCGCGACCAAGUAGCGGCGCCCAUGAUGCUUAUGGAGCGCUUGUAG